UGCAAGCCGUUCCUUUACUUGAUGUGGUCCUAUAAAAUGCAAACACACUCCAAUUGAACCUGGACGCCAUUCUGUACAAAUUUUCUUUCUUUGCCCAAACUUUGCAAGCAAAAAUCACAAAACAUCCAUGGCAACUGUCGGCGUGGAAGAAGCUCGUAUUCCCCCGCUAACUUCCGCUUCCGAGCCACCUCCUCUUUUCGACGGAACCACCAGGUUGUAUAUCAGUUAUAUUUGUCCCUAUGCGCAGCGUGUUUGGAUCGCUCGGAACUACAAGGGACUACAGGACAAGAUCGAACUGGUUCCUAUUGAUCUUCAAAACAGACCUGCCUGGUAUAAGGAGAAAGUCUACCCAGAAAACAAGGUGCCAUCAUUGGAGCACAAUGGGAAGGUCUUGGGAGAAAGUCUCGAUUUGGUCAAAUACGUAGAUGUCAACUUCGAAGGUCCAUCUCUGGUUCCCAGUGAUCCUGCCAAGAAAGAAUUUGGUGAGCAGUUGAUUUCUUAUGUUGAUACUUUCACCAAAGAGCUGUAUUCUGCAUUGAAAGGAGAUCCAAUACAACAAGCCAGUCCUGCUUUUGAUUACUUGGAGAAUUCUCUUGGUAAAUUUGAUGAUGGGCCAUUUUUUCUUGGUCAAUUUAGCUGGGUGGAUAUUGCCUAUGUUCCAUUUGUUGAAAGAUUCCAGCUUGUCUUUUUCGAGGUGUUCAAACAUGACAUAACUGAAGGAAGACCUAAACUUGCAGCGUGGAUUGAGGAAGUGAACAAGAUUAAUGCGUAUACACAAACAAGAGGCGAUCCUAAGGAUAUUGUUGAUCUUUUCAAGAAACGGUUUUUGGUUCAACAGUAAAAGCCAGAACAGAGAGUUAUCAUCUAAGAUGUAGAUUAUUGGCAAUAAAGUGUUAUGUGUGUUUGGGACACGUCUUUUGUUUGCUAGAGUCGAUAAUAAGCUGUAAUAAGCAUUGGUUUGGCUGCUAGAGUUGCUGCAAGAAAUUAGAUUUCAAGAUUUGGGUGAUGUAUAUGUAGCAGCUUGGCUGGUGUUUGAGUGGGUGCAUUCAAUACUAAGUGGCAUGGAAUUAUCCUAUGAUUAUUAUGUUUGGAUAUGUAAUUUCCUAAUAAAUUAAUUGUCUUUUUUAUACUCU